AUGAGUCAACUAAUGUCAAUUGUGACAAGUCACGUCAUCUAUGUAGGAACUGCCGUGCGUUCCUUUGUGCACUUCGAAGUAACUACGAAGCGCCUGGAGCGCGAUAUUGUAUUCUUCGCGCACAAACGCCUCAGUCCCGGGAAGUGUGCAAAAAAGUAUUUUCCGACAGAAGGCAAUGCAGCACGAAACCUUCCUCUUGUGCUCCUGCUGGUGUGUUGGGCCGUUGCGUCCUGCGAAGCCUCUCUGUCCACUGGUGGCUUAGUAGGUGGCUUGGCGAUUCUGAAGGGCGCGGCGCUUGUCAGUUAUGCAGUGGGACGUCACCAGCGAUACAACAGGGGACGUUCUCAUUAUCACGGAGGCUAUAACGGGAGAAGGCACUACCGCUACGGCCGCUCCGUCGAUCCCGACACCGAAGAAGACGCUGAUGAAGGCAAGAACCUGCUCCUGUCCACCGUGGGGCAGCUCGACCCCGACGGAUGCAUCCUCAAAAUGCUCUGCCACCUCCAAACCAGGAGUCACUCCAGCCUCACGCCAGAGGAGAACCUCCUCGUCGACAUGUUCUCCAACAACACCGAAAACAUGGCCUCCUACAACGCCGCCUUCGUCUACGCCAUGAACGUCGGCACGAAGACCCACGACCCGUCCGUCUGCAACGGACUCUUCCCCAAAUGUUCCCUCAGGGAAGAACAGCUAAGCGGCCUUCUUCGGAGAGUUUGGGGCUGCGCCUCUGACCUUUUCCGAGAUGACGCUGAGCACGAUGAGGACUUCAGUGCCACUCCACCCAUAGAACAGCCUAUGGGCGAGGAACGGCCUGUCGAUGAAGAGCCCCGACAGGAACAACAAACCUUGGAUGAAGAUGAGUUGCCCCUAAAUGACAAAAUGUCCAUGGAAGAACUGGUGGCCCUGAUUAUGGAAUAAGCAAUAUGUGUGAUUACAUAAGAUCGAUAGUUAUAUAGUAGGACAAUAUAUUCUAAGAAAUUAAUUGCCAGUUAUUAUCAGUUGUUAUUCUUGGUAUCCUGUCAGUUUUUAUAUGCAUAUAAAUGUGCGUGGGAGAGAGAGAGAAACAGAAACGUAGAAGGUGAGAACAAUAAGAGAGAAAGAGAACGUGUGUGUGAAUGUAUGUGUGUGUAAGAGGCAGUUUGUCCAUGUGUCUUUGCAUGUGGGUUGGUCUGUUUGUAAGUAUUCAGCGGUUCUUUGUAAACACAGGCAUUUUUAUCCUCGCCAACAGGUUCACCAUAUCGAAAUGAUAAAGGUAAUUACACAAAGCAAUUUUCCCACUGGCGGCCGUUACACUGGCCUAUUUGUGCUGCACUUCGGAAUUGUAUAGGCUCUCCUCGAAGGAACACU